AUGGAGCCACCAAAACGUUUUAAACUUACGAGGGAAAAUUUAAGUGUAUCCGUGGCUGGAGCGGCGGUCAUUGAGGGUGAGGGAGUGCCAAUGCUAUUGACAAUAUGGUCCGAUAAACGCAUGUUUAUUUUAAAUCUCGGCGAUGAGGUCUGCCCUGAACGUUCCCCCGGCAGUUUUGUUUCUUUGUUGACUCAGCUAAAAGUGGAUUGCCCUCUCUCCGUGAUGGGCAUAUCCAAACAUUUUGUGGCCAUUUAUGGUGCCAAUCAUGGCCAAGAGGGCGGCUCCCUACUCCUCUACAAUACCCAAUUUAAGGUCAUCAAAACCAAACAAUUUUUCAAAGUCUAUUUCAAUUAUUCCCAACUGUGGUCUGUUAGUGAUCAUAUCAUUUUGGCCAUGGGUCAAAAUCUAUCUGUCGUAAAAUAUCAAGUACUCAAAGAGGUAUUAUCGGAAUUACUGGGUACCCAAGUCUCUAAUGAUUAUCAAACGGCCAUUGAAAUUGAUCACAUCAAUGAGGAGGAUGUCAUGGAAGAAUGUCUGCAAUAUAGUAAAGAUGUCCAAUCGCACAAUGAAAAGGAAAAGGAAGAGAAAGAUUUAAAAAUCGUGGAAGCUGAUGGUCUGACUGUACCCUUUAUGGGUCCCCAAGAAUUCGAUAAAGAACUAAAUGCCUUGCGACAAUUACAUUUACAUGUUGAUGUUAUUCCGGAUAAUCGUUUGGAUGUGCCUCACAUAAAUCUCAUGUCAAAUCAUAAUGAUGAGGGGUUCUCAUGCCAGGAAUUGCAAUUGAUUGCCCAGCAGCUGGAGCGGGUGGGUGCCAGUGAACAUGAAAUCACCGAGAAACUUUUAACCGUCCUCAUGAAAGCCAAUUUGGUGCAGGAUAUUGGAGUGUGCCUGCGGCGUUAUACCAACAUUUCCGAGAAGAUUUUAUCCAAAACUUUGAAUUAUAUUUUAAAAAAAUACACCAAGGAAAAGUCCAGCAAAACAAAUGGCACCCUAGAAGAACCCAUGGAGGAGGAUAAUGAAAAUGCCACAGAAGAGGAGAAUGCUGAAGAAGAAGAAUUCCAUUUGGGCAUCCUCGCCAAAAAACAAACCAAAUCAACCCCCCACAAUCCCUCAGAUCUAGAAAACAUUCUCAACACCCUGUUGGCCUGUUCCUUUGACCCGGAGACAAUUGCCAAAUGCAUACGUCAAGAUAUGGAAUAUAAAGAGGUAGUACUACUCUUGGAACAUCUUUACGAUAUGUUAACCUCCGAGCAGCAACAAUAUCUAGAAGAUCGUCCCACUCUCUAUGAGACAAGUACUGAUUAUGAAUUACAAUUGCUACGAUGGUUUGGUGUAUUCCUUAAUUCCCACUUUCAAAAAUUGGCCCUAUCCAAAGAAGUGGCCCUCAUUGAGUUACUUUUUAAAUGGCAUGAACUAUUCGAUAGUUAUAAACAAGAAAUUGUGGAGCUACAAAAUGUUGCCGCCUUACUAUAUAAUAUUGUGGAACGUAAAACAAAUCUGAAGGAGAAGAGUUCAUCGAAAUGGUAUUCCAUAGAGGAGGUUUAUUUGUUUUGA